GCAUGGAAUGAUAUGAUUAAUUCCAAUGUAAAACUAUGUGCAAUUCAAAUACCUUUAUCAACUGGAUAUUUUUUUGCAGAUAUGUUUGAUUUUUUAAUAAAAAAUAUAUUUAUGGAUUCACCUGGGAUUUGGUUGCAUCAUAUUUUAGUGGUAGGAGUGCUUAUUUCAUCUAUCUUGACUUGUAAAUAUUUCCCAUAUUUGACAGCAACAUUAUUAGUAGAAAUUG